CUGGACUCGCUUCUGUUGCUAUUGCUCUUGAAGGGGUUGUAGCUGUAGUCUGAGAUGAGAAACAUGAAUGUGUUGGUGCUUGUCGGCCUUGUGGCCGGCAUGUGUGCCGUGUGCACUGGAAAACCUUUCGGAAAAAGGGAACUGCCUGUGAAUGCGACAGACCAAGCUGGUACAGGUGGAAGCAACGGGACUUUGUCAGGUGACAUUGAUGCAGUCAUCCAGGGACUACAGAAACAGGUAGAAACAUUGAACGCUACAAUGGCAGCAGAUAAAGCAAAGGAUGAUACGAUCAAGAAGCUUACCAGCAUGGUCAACAGCUUGAAGAAAGCCAAACCACUCAGCGCCAAACAGGCUCAACCUAUUGUCAAAAAAGUUGCAGCUAAAGCAGGGAAGACCAGUGCAUUGAGCGGCAGUGACAUACUCAAAGGUCUUACUGAUCUUCUGAAAAAAAUACCAUUUAGUGCGAGCGGAAAAGGUGACAAUGACCAGGAUCCUGAGUCAUCCACGUCAGAAUCUGAUGAAACAGAUGAAGAAGACACGGAAGACCCGGAAGACCCGGAAGACCCGGAUGAACAAGACCCGGAAGACACGGAUGAACAAGACCCGGAAGACCCGGAUGAACAAGACCCGGAUGAACAAUCACCUGACGAGACUCUGGACAACGACGCACCUGCAGAGAAACCAGACGAGCCAGCCUCCGAUGAACAGGACGAUUCAGCUCCCGCAGAAGAAACAGCAGAACAAGCACCUGUAGACGAAGAGGACGAUUCAGAUCCCGCAGAAGAAACAGAAGAUCCAGCAGCUGUAGACGAAGAGGACGAUUCAGAUCCCGCAGAAGAAACAGAAGAUCCAGCAGCUGUAGACGAAGAGGACUAUUCAGAUCCCGCAGAAGACCUGGCUGAGCCCGAACCUGAGAGUGAAUCGGAAGACUAUGAAUAUGAAGACUCCUACGAUCCAUCAUAUGAAGACUCCUACGAUCAAUCAUAUGAAGACUCCUUCGAUCCAUCAUAUGAAGACUCCUACGAUCCUUCAUAUGAAGACUCCUACGAUCAAUCAUAUGAAGACUCCUUCGAUCCAUCAUAUGAAGACUCCUACGAUCAAUCAUAUGAAGACUCCUACGAUCCAUCAUAUGAAGACUCGGACGAUCAAUCAUAUGAAGACUCCUAUGAUUCAUCAUAUGAAGACUCCUACGAUCCAUCAUAUGAAGACUCCUACGAUCCAUCAUAUGAAGACUCCUACGAUCAAUCAUAUGAAGACUCCUACGAUCAAUCAUAUGAAGACUCCUACGAUUCAUCAUAUGAAGACUCCUACGAUUCAUCAUAUGAAGACUCCUACGAUCAAUCAUAUGAUUAUUAUUAA